GUUUUACCCUCGCCCGUCUUCUCUCGCCCUUUUCCUUCUCAUGGCGUCCUCUCUCCUCUCCUCCAAAUCUUACUCCGGUCUCCGAACCCCACGCGGCGGCGACCCUCGCUGGCUUCCUACCGUCUCCGCCGUCGUCUCCAUCCCUUCUCCUCGGUCUCUGGGACUCGAGCGUGGGGGUUUUACCCUCGGGAAGAGCUUCCAGCCCACGAUCCUUAGAGGAUUCGCCAAGACGGUUGUCAGGAAUGGCGUUGCUGGUGCAGUGAGUUCGAUGGACGAAAGGCCUAUCGUUGUGAUCGAUAACUAUGACAGCUUUACCUAUAAUCUCUGCCAGUACCUGGGGGAGCUUGGUGUGCACUUUGAAACAUAUCGGAAUGAUGAGAUAACUGUGGAUGAGAUAAAAAGGAUAAACCCAAGAGGAAUACUGAUAUCUCCUGGCCCAGGUACACCUCAAGAUUCAGGGAUUUCCUUGCAGACUGUACUUGAGUUGGGUCCUUCAAUACCAUUAUUUGGAGUUUGUAUGGGUUUGCAAUGCAUUGGAGAGGCAUUUGGAGGAAAAAUAGUCCGUGCUCCUUCAGGAGUCAUGCAUGGGAAGAGCUCUCUUGUCUACUAUGAUGAAUCACUAGAUGAUACUUUAUUUCAUGGUUUGCCCAACCCCUUCACUGCCUGCCGAUACCACAGCCUCGUGAUUGAGAAAGAAAGUUUUCCUAGUGAUUCACUUGAGAUCACUGCCUGGACAGAGGAUGGAUUAAUAAUGGCUGCUCGUCACAAGAAGCUCAAACAUAUCCAGGGAGUUCAAUUCCACCCUGAAAGCAUUAUGACACCUGAAGGCAGAACAAUGGUUGGCAAUUUCAUUAAGUCGAUGGACAAACUGAAGCUACCAAACUUCCUGUCUUAAGUUGCAAGGGGAUACAAAGAAGAUAGAUGUUUAUAUUACGGCAGGAUGGCUUUCUCUUGAUUUGAACUAUCAUAUGUUCUUCAUUAUUCAUUUUUUCCCCGGCUCUUUGUUUUCCUUUCCUUUUGAUAUGAAGUAAAAUUUAUCUCCGUAUGAUGCACCUCAGGUAUGAUGAUUGUAAUUUAUAUCUAUGUAGAGGAGGAAUACACUGGGUAUCAUAGUUUGUAAAAUUGUCAUCUUGGAUUGUACGAUCCUACGAUCCAGAAGCACAAAUUGAUUCUGGAUCAUACAGAAUCGAGUUUUGCAACAGGAUCGGUAGAAUUGUAAUAGGAUCAGAAUAGAAUCAGAGCAGGAUUGGUGAAAACUUUGAGAGAUUAUAAUUUUUGAUUCGGAUUGAACCAUGAGACCAAUAAUAUAUUAAACUGAAGCUUGUUUAGA